AUGGAUGGUCCAGAGCUGAGCUGGCUGGUGAAUCGCUCCCUUCCCCUUCCACUGGGCUCUGCUCAAUAUCCUGAGCUCAGACUUGACCUGCUCAACAGGAAAAGUUCCUGCCUGCAGCUGGCUGCCAUGAGGAACGUGAACAUCAUCCUGCAGCACUACAACUUCACAGGCAAGCUGACCAACCGACAGUCUGGGGAUGAGGGCAUGGGUCUCAUCCGCACAACCUUUGCCAUCAUCAGCUGCAGCAUCAUCCUGGAGAACUUGCUUGUGUUGCUGGCCAUCCUGCGAUGUCUGCGAGCCCGCCGAUGGGUCUACUCCUGCAUUGCUAGCAUCACCGUGAGCGACCUGCUUGCAGGAAUUGCCUACCUUUCUAAUCUCUGCCUCUCAGGCAAAAAGACCUUCCAGCUUUCACCUCAGCUCUGGUUCCUGCGGGAAGGCACCCUCUUCAUUGCACUGGCUGCCUCCACCUUCAGCUUGCUUGUGACUGCCAUUGAGCGCUACAGUGCCAUGGUAAGGCCGAUUGCUGAGAACGAAGCCAGCAAGACCCUGCGCUUACGCAGCCUGAUCAUUUCCUGCUGGCUGCUGGCCUUCAUCAUUGGAUUGCUUCCACUGCUGGGCUGGAACUGUCUGUGUGACUUCAAUGCCUGCUCUGUCCUCCUGCCUCUCUACUCCAAGAACUACAUCCUUUUCUCCGUAGUCAUGUUCAGCAUCAUCCUCCUGGGGAUCAUCGGCCUCUACAUCUCCAUCUUCCAGCUGGUCCAGGCCAGUUCUAAGCAAACCAGUUCUCGGCACAGCCGCAAACGGUCCCUGCGCUUGCUCAAAACUGUGCUGAUGAUCCUGGGUGCCUUCAUCAUCUGCUGGAGCCCACUCUUUGUCCUGUUGCUCUUUGAUGUCUUCUGUGAGACCCAGACCUGCACACACCUCCACAGCCUGGACUGGACCUUGGCUCUGGCCAUGCUUAACUCGGGCGUUAACCCCAUCAUUUACUCCCUUCGGAGUGUGGAGGUGCGCCGUGCUGUGGGAAGCCUGCUGUGCUGCUGCUGCGUCAGGGUUGGGCUUUGCAAGCCUGGGAACUGCUUGGUCAUCACAGACAUCAACUCUGGCUCAUCCACAGAGAGCUCUCUGCGCUACCGAGAGAGUUUCCGCAGCUCUGUAGCACUGAACGCCCGUCCCAGAGCACCUCUCUCCAGCAACUCCAGCAUGAUGAGCAAUCUCCCCAGCCUCUGA